AUGGCGUGUCAACCUAAACGCUCCGAAACCGUCGUAAUCCACGAGUUCCUGGCGUUUGUUCAACAAAAAUUGGACGUCAUGGACCAGGUGUUUUUCCAGGACGAGAUCAUCCAAGCAAAGAAGAUGUUAGCAGAUUUAGCCGUGACCCAAAUCCGUCUUAUCACGCGUCACAGAGAUGGACGCGGUGAUGAAUCUAGCAUGUAUCAAUAUGAUCCAGAAGCGAAGCGUCAAUGCCAACGGUUUGGCGGUUUUAAAAUGAAGCAAUGCCUCCCAAAGUGA